AUGGCGUCUUCUCAGGUCGGGCCGCCUCCGGGGAGGUUAUCGUUCGCAAAGGUCGCCGCAAUGCGUGCCCCUGCUCUUCCUACAUCAAACCCUAAUGCCUCUGACGAGAAGAAGACACGUCCUGUCGAGAACAUUAAUGCGAAAACCAUUCAAAGCAACCUUCUCAUAUCCCCGACUUCUCCUACAGACACUAGUGAUCCGCCACAGCAAAGCACUCUGGAAGAGCGCAGCCACCCAAGCUUUUUGGCACCUGCAUUCGAGGGCCUUUCUCUGGUUGAAGAUGCGAGCCUUGUAUCAGGUGGUCCACAGAGCGCAGAAAGCGGAGAGUCUCUCGAAGAUGACCAAUCUCACCUCUCUAAUUCUUCUACCAAACACCAGAGUUUCGAUACUAAAAGUAUGGCUUCCGUCACAACCUUUGCGAUGGACGAGAAGGAGAGCAUUCGUCCGGAUGACAGUGCCAGCGUUCGAGCCGCAGAGGACGAAGAGACCUCAAAUGUGCCACACAGAGAAGACUUAUCGGCGUCAAAUGCUCGUGGUACGACACGGCCAAGCAAUUCCGGAGUCACGAUUGCGGCUCGCCGAUAUCACACGUUGACUUUGACCAACCCUCCGCGGUUUGGAGAUCUUCCCCUUCCUAUCAUCCAGGGAGAGACUGGCGAUCGCCAGCCUCGUUCAGAAGGAUCAAUGGAGCAGCCCCACGAGAUGCACGAACGAGCUUCAUCACUUCCGCUUGCGCCCGAUGAAAAGCUCUUGGAUGCACUGGCCACCCCGAAAGACCGCCUACCACUCCUUCAACUGGAAGAGAAGUUCCUGGCCUUUAUUGCCAUCCAGGGAAAUGAUUUUCUCGACCUCCCACCGCAGAACUCUUUCGCAAGGCUCCUUGCCCACAAACUUGCAGACUAUUACUCGCUCGCUCAUCACAUUAAUGAGGACGGCACAUCCAUCCGCAUUUUUCGGACGCCCGAUGUUUCACUGCCCACACCAUUACAUGUCUUGGCACGCUCCAUCCCUGCUGGGCCAUCCCAACCCCCUUCCGCUGCGGGUUUUAAGAUCAUGCGCAGAGUCGGUUUGGGUCCGCGGCAGGGCUCGGCCGGUGCCAGUACACCUGCAAGUUCGUCUGCUCCCUCCAAAGCCACGUCGGAAGCGGGAUUGGAAACGAACAGCGAGGAGGGCGUCUUGUCGCCAGUAGACGGGACGCCAAAUAGAGACAAGUCGAAACUCACAAGAGAAGAAAGAGAAGCUCAGUACAAAGCUGCGCGGGAUCGAAUUUUUGGCGACUUUCAGGAGUCGGUGACCAGUGAAAGCGCUUCCACGGGGGAGAAUUCAGCAAGCAUGUCGCGGUCGAGCUCAUCUAGUGGCAAGAGAAAGGCACGCAAGCACAAGACGCCAAAAGACGACAGUUUUGAGGCGCGAUCAGCAUUCAUUCCCAGCUACACCCCCAUGCAUGUGUCACAAAUGCAAUCCCACUAUCAGCCGCAGUACUCGGAACAAGCGUACCACGGGCCGUAUCAAGCUCCCAAUGGCGGAUUCGGCGGAAAUAUGAAUUACAGCUCUACUCCCACCCAGGCAUAUCCCACUUUUGAGUCUAGCAUGUCUUACAACAACGCUCCCAUGGGGUACGGAAACAAUAGCAGUCAGUCUUUCAGCCCCGCGGAAUCCUGGUCAUCGCUGCAGACCCCCUCGGCAAACGGAUACUUCAACUACUCUACCUCCCCAACCACCUAUCAGCAGAGCAUUUCUCCCAUGAUCGCUCAGAUGAACAAUCAAUACAUGCCGACGUCACAUCCAGGGAUGCAACAGCCACAGAACUGGAUCAAUAAUCAAUUCCAGCCUACCUAUCCGCAACCCCAAGGUCCAGCGAGCUCAAACAUGAACGGUUGGUCUGGCUACCAGGCUAGUGCAACUAUCAACAACGCAGCCAAUUAUGGCUAUGGACAAAUGCCUCCUCAAAACUUCGGCGGCAACGUGAAUCAGCCAUACAAUGCUCAGUAUCCGAAUGCAAGCACCUACUCCCGAUCACUCUUCAAUCCGCAGACCCGGUCCUUCGUUCCCAGCAAUUCCACCAGCCGCAAUGGCGGCCGUAGCGGCCACAAUAAUCACAACGGCGGCGGCGGGCGGAAAAAAGCCUCCUCAUCGAGCCAGAGUCGAGCGAACAGCAUUCCUCCCACCAAGUCCUUCAGUUCAGAUGCUUCCGGGAUGGCUCCAACUGCGCGCGCCUUCGAGAAGGGACUCGCCAGUAAUCUAUCGUCGCCCAAGCCACCGCCACCUCCGGUGAAAGAAGACUCUCUCCAGCAGAAGUAUGGCGCGCCUGCACAUUUGCCUAAGAAGCCCCCUCCAUCGCAGGUCCCGUCGCUCUAUGAUGUUGAGAACAUUAACAACGCGAGUACUGGUGCAGUCGGGACGGGGGCGGGAACGACUACAUGUGCGAACACGACGAGUAAUAGCUUGACAGGAACGGGACAGAACCACGGAUCAUAG